GGGUGGGAGCAGAGCGAAAGCGAAGGCGAAGGGAGCUGGGAAUAGCGGGGGAACCUGGAAAGAGAGGGUACCGGGAGCAUCGCGGCACCGGGAAACGGGGAGCGCCGGGAAACCGGGGGCGCCGAGAGCCGGGAGCGAUGGGAGAACGGGAAACCGGGAGCGACGGGCGGUGGGAAAAUGGGAAACCGGGAGCACCGGGAGGGGUGGACUUCAAGAUGAAGACGAUCGAGGUGGAUGGCAUCAAGGUGCGCAUCCAGAUCUGGGACACGGCAGGGCAGGAGCGGUACCAGACCAUCACCAAGCAGUACUACCGGCGGGCACAGGGCAUCUUCCUGGUGUAUGACAUCAGCAGUGAGCGCUCCUACCAGCACAUCGUCAAGUGGGCCAGCGACGUGGACGAGUAUGCACCCGACGGCGUCCAGAAGAUCCUCAUCGGGAACAAAGCGGACGAGGAGCACAAGAGGCAAGUGGCCAAAGAGCAAGGGCUGCAGCUUGCCCGGGAGUACGGGAUGGACUUCUAUGAGACCAGUGCCUGCAGCAACCUGAACAUAAAGGAGUCCUUCACCCGGCUGACGGAGCUGGUGCUGCAGGCGCACCGCAAGGAGCUGGAGGGGCUGCGCACUGCCACGGCCCCCCCCGAGCUGGCCCAGCUGGAGGAGGAUGAGCAGCAGACCCCGGGGGGGCACGACAACCCCAAAAACUGCUGGUGUUGAAGCCUGGCCUCCCUCAGCCCUGCUACAGAGGGGGCAUGGUGGGGGGACACGAGGAACGGGGACUUACCCCCACUCCACCGCAGCCCCUUGGUGUUUGGGGGGAGUGGGGGGUCCCAGGCACUGUUUGCACACCCCGCACCCCUGUUUUGCACACUGUUUCCGUAAUAAAGGAGAUACUGGAGCCCCCUCA